CGGUGUGCUGGAAAAGAAGUCAGUGGGAACUCCUCUGGUCGUUUUUUUGUGCCAUCAUAUUUUUGUCUCUUAUCUGUGCAUAACGGACAAAUUUUUAGUUCUCCGUCCAGGAAGAUAUAUUCAAUGUCAGCAGUUAGGUGAAUGAAGUGAUUCCUGGAAGCUUGUACUAUCUCUACAUCGCUGAGUGAUCAGAAUUUCCAUCUGAUGAGCAUCAUGAAUAACUCAAGCCACACCCCAUCCUGCUACAACAACACCACCACUUCAUAUAAAUAUAAUCCUGACAGCAAAAACGUUAGCUACUCAGCCACCGCCACCACUUUCGGCCUCAUCUCUAAUCUAAUUGCCUUUAUUGUCCUCAUCAAAUCCUUUAGACAGACAAACAAUAAUUCUCCCUCUUUCUUCCUCAUCUUCCUGGGUGGUCUUGUAGUCACUGACUUCAUGGGUCUGCUGGUCUCUGGCUCCUUCGUGAUUUCAUUUCAUGCUACACGUAUUGACUGGACAGAGUUAGACCCUACAUGCCACUUUUGCAACUUCAUGGGUAUGUCCCUGGUCUUCUAUGGAUUGUCGCCUCUGCUACUUGGUGCCACCAUGGCCACCCAGCGCUAUAUUGGCAUCAACCAUCCAUUUGCAAGUUCCUCCAGAAUGACCAAGAGAGGGACUAUUUCCAUGGUGCUGAUGGUGUGGUUCAUCGCUGGAAGCAUAUCGUUGCUGCCACAAGCAGGCUUUGGUAGUUACCACAUUCAGACUCCUGGCUCCUGGUGUUUCCUCAACAUGACCCCCAAAACAAGUGACUGGAGUUUUGCUCUGCUUUUCUCCCUGGUUGGACUGAUCAGCAUUGCAACGUCAAUUUUGCUGAACACUGUGAGUGUGGUGACCCUGCUCAAGGUUUACUGUGGAGCACAGAGGAGACAGCGUAGCAGAGACCACGAAGCGGAAAUGAUGCUGCAGCUUAUACUGAUCAUGACCAUUUCCACGGUUUGCUGGUGCCCCUUGCUGGUCUUCAUUGCCCAGACAGCUGUUGCCAGGACCCAUUUUAAUGUGAAAUAUCUGCUUCUCUGGAUACGUUUUGCAACCUGGAACCAAAUCCUAGAUCCGUGGGUAUACAUCUUGUUUCGCCGGUCAGUUUUGAGGAGAGUGAACCCUAAUGCUGAUUGGUCCCGGACCUCCAUCAUUUCUUUGUCUUCAUCUAUACGUGACAACGUCCAUCGAUUCGCGCGGACUUCACUGGGAAGCAACCUGCGCGCGGAUGUCCCAGAGGAUCCUGAAAAAUCAAAUGUGAUGCCCCCCUCUCCAACAACACCAUCCUCACCUUCUCCAUGUUUGAUUGGAUCUGAGUCAUAAUUACAGCAGAGUCUGCUCUGCUGUUGUUUUUCAUGAUGAAUGUGAUGAAAUGAACUUGCAUGGUUGCACAAACAAUGUGAAGCAACUAUCUCCUUGUGGCUCUGUGUGUAUUUCAGAUGUCUGAUAUCAUUUUUCUUUUACUGUAUGAGCUUAAUACAAAGACUAAGAAGCAUUUACUUGUGUACAAAUAUAUAACUUAUAUUCAAAAAAUAUACUUCAACUGGCAUCAUAUGUAAAGCUAAGAAUGAGAUGUGUAAGCUGGCAUUUUUUAGUUUUUCCUUGUGGAUUUGGUAUAUUUUAUAAGCAGCUAAUACGUUAUGUAAAUAUGUUGUAAUAUUAUGCGUAAAAAGAAUUGUAUGCAGUUUGAGAAUUACAUGUUUCAAUAUCAAAACAUAAGAGUGGUCAUUAAGGAAGCUUUUCUGAUCUUUACAGAUCAACAAAAGCAACUUCCUUAAUAUUUUCUCCUGUUUCUUAUCUAUCCGCCCAUCCAUCCAUCCACAUCUGCUGAUUGCAGGGUCAUAGAGGAGAUGAUGGUGGUUGGACUGCUGCCUAUCUCCAGCAGUCAUUUGGCGAGAGGUGAGGUACUGUACAUGUAUUUUAGUAUGAAGAAAAAAAUAACAGAUAUAGGACCCAAAGCACAGACCACCAUACGCUGAAUAUGUUUAUAAAAAUGAGCUAAUGUGAUCGACAGUAUUACCAUCUGCUUUGUGACAUUUUUUUGUGACUUUAGUGAAAGUGAAAAAAGAAACAUUUCAAUUUCUUGUCUUCUUCAGUGAUAAUGUAAGAUUUAACAAUGUGAUAGUAAUGUGCUUUUUAUUCAUUACACGAAACAUUAAACGUAUUUAAAAAUGUG